CCAGUUUCGCUACUGCACUGACUUCUGCAGCCUUAGCAGAGAUGCAGCAGUGAGAACCGACAGACAGUGACAGACCCCGGAUUCUUUAUUCCUUUAUCGCUGCCCUGAACCCCGAGAGAACGAGGGAAGACACAAGGAUGAAAGAAGUGUGCCUUGGGGCCUCCGGAUGAGAACCUUUGCUGGGAUUCUAGCUGAAAGGUGGAGCGGCCACUCUUAGGAUGCAUGCAGCCACAACAGCAGCACCUGUGUCCUGAGAACCAGUCAACCUGGGGAGACUAAGGUGACAGUGCCAGGUGGAUCAGCAGCCAUUCCACUGCCCGCUCUGCGGUUGUGCCAAGAGUAGGGGAGCAUGGAGGAGAGGAAGCAGGAGACAACAAAUCAAGCGCACGUCCUCUUCGACCGGUUCGUCCAGGCCACUACCUGCAAGGGAACCCUCAGGGCCUUCCAAGAGCUCUGUGACCACCUGGAACUGAAGCCCAAGGACUAUCGCUCCUUCUACCACAAGCUCAAGUCCAAGCUCAACUACUGGAAGGCCAAAGCCCUCUGGGCCAAAUUGGACAAGCGGGGCAGUCACAAAGACUACAAAAAGGGAAAAGCCUGCACCAACACAAAGUGUCUCAUCAUUGGAGCUGGCCCCUGUGGUCUCCGGACAGCCAUCGACUUGUCCUUACUGGGAGCCAAAGUGGUUGUUAUUGAGAAGAGAGACGCCUUCUCCCGAAACAAUGUCUUGCAUCUCUGGCCCUUCACCAUACAUGACCUUCGAGGUCUGGGUGCCAAGAAAUUCUACGGCAAGUUCUGUGCUGGAGCCAUCGAUCACAUCAGUAUCCGUCAGCUGCAGCUAAUCCUCCUGAAAGUCGCCUUGAUCUUAGGCAUUGAAAUCCAUGUCAAUGUGGAAUUCCAAGGACUCGUUCAGCCUCCUGAGGACCAAGAGAAUGAACGGAUAGGAUGGCGAGCAUUGGUGCACCCCAAAACUCAUCCUGUAUCAGAAUAUGAAUUUGAAGUGAUCAUCGGUGGGGAUGGACGUAGGAACACCCUGGAAGGAUUUCGUCGGAAAGAAUUCCGUGGCAAGCUAGCCAUUGCCAUUACGGCAAAUUUUAUUAACCGGAACACAACUGCAGAGGCCAAAGUAGAGGAGAUCAGUGGUGUUGCUUUUAUAUUCAACCAAAAAUUUUUCCAGGAGCUGAGAGAAGCCACAGGCAUUGAUUUGGAGAACAUCGUCUACUACAAAGAUGACACACACUACUUCGUUAUGACGGCCAAAAAGCAGAGCUUGCUGGACAAAGGGGUGAUAUUGCAUGACUACACAGACACAGAGCUGUUACUUUCCCGGGAGAAUGUGGACCAGGAGGCCCUGCUGAACUAUGCCCGGGAGGCUGCAGACUUCUCUACCCAGCAGCAACUGCCUUCUCUGGAUUUCGCCAUCAAUCACUACGGGCAGCCUGAUGUGGCUAUGUUUGACUUUACCUGUAUGUACGCCUCUGAAAAUGCUGCCUUGGUACGGGAACAAAAUGGACACCAGCUACUAGUCGCUCUGGUUGGAGACAGCCUCCUGGAGCCUUUCUGGCCAAUGGGAACAGGAAUAGCCCGGGGCUUUCUGGCUGCUAUGGACUCUGCCUGGAUGGUACGAAGCUGGUCUCUGGGCACCAGCCCCUUGGAAGUCCUGGCAGAGAGGGAAAGCAUUUAUAGGUUGCUGCCUCAGACCACCCCUGAGAACGUGAGCAAAAACUUCAGCCAGUAUAGCAUCGACCCUGUCACUAGGUAUCCCAAUAUUAAUAUCAACUUCCUCCGGCCGAGCCAGGUGCGCCAUUUAUAUGAUAGCGGAGAAACAAAAGAUAUCCACCUGGAAAUGGAGAACCUGGUGAAUUCCCGAACCACUCCCAAGCUGACUCGCAACGAGUCUGUAGCUCGUUCAAGCAAACUGCUGGGGUGGUGUCAAAGGCAGACAGAUGGCUACGCAGGGGUAAAUGUGACAGAUCUUACCACGUCUUGGAAAAGUGGACUGGCCCUGUGCGCAAUCAUCCACAGAUACCGCCCUGAUCUGAUAGACUACGACUCUUUGGAUGAGCAGAAUGUGGAGAAGAAUAACCAGCUGGCCUUCGACAUCGCCGAGAAGGAACUGGGCAUCUCUCCCAUCAUGACCGGCAAGGAGAUGGCGGCAGUGGCGGAGCCCGACAAGCUCUCCAUGGUGAUGUACCUCACACAGUUCUACGAGAUGUUCAAGGAUUCACUCUCUUCCAGCGACACCUUGGACCUGAAUGCAGAGGAAAAAGCCAUCCUGAUAGCCAGCACCAAAUCCCCCAUCUCCUUCCUGAGCAAGCUGGGCCAGACCAUCUCUCGGAAGCGCUCGCCCAAGGAUAAAAAGGAAAAGGAUUCGGAUGGGGCUGGGAAGAGGAGGAAAACCAGUCAGUCAGAGGAGGAGGAGCCUCCCCGGAGCUACCGAGGAGAAAGACCCACCCUGGUGAGCACCCUGACGGACAGGCGGAUGGAUGCGGCCAUUGGGAACCAGAACAAAGUAAAGUAUAUGGCAACCCAGCUGCUGGCCAAGUUCGAAGAGAAUGCGCCCGCACAGUCCACUGGCGUGAGGAGACAGCCGACACAAGAACGUGGGGUCAGCCGGCCGUCCUGCUGCCUGCCUGAGCAGGGUCGCCCUGCUCCCAUCCCCCAGUGGAAACAGGGCUCCAUAAAGAAGGAGUUCCCACAGAACCUGGGGGGCAGCGACACGUGCUACUUCUGCCAGAAGCGGGUCUACGUGAUGGAGAGGCUGAGCGCCGAGGGCAAGUUCUUCCACCGCAGCUGCUUCAAAUGCGAGUACUGCGCCACCACGCUGCGCCUCUCUGCGUACGCCUACGACAUUGAGGACGGCAAAUUCUACUGUAAGCCGCACUACUGUUACCGACUGUCCGGCUACGCGCAGAGGAAGAGGCCGGCAGUGGCUCCUCUGUCUGGAAAGGAAGCCAAAGGAACCCUGCAGGAUGGUCCUGCCGCAGAUGCAAACGGACUGGCCAGCGUUGCCGCCAGCUCGGCCGAGAGAACUCCAGGUUCCAGCAUGAAUGGCCUGGAGGAGCCCAGCAUCGCCAAGAGGCUGAGGGGCACUCCCGAGAGGAUCGAGCUGGAGAACUACCGCCGAUCUGUGAGGCAGGUAGAGGAGCUGGAGGAGGUGCCUGAGGAGACGCAGGCCGAGCAUAACCUCAGCAGCGUAUUAGACAAGGGCACCGAAGAGGAUGUGGCCAGCAGCAGUUCCGAGUCGGAGAUGGAGGAGGAGGAAGAGGAAGAUGACGAUGAUCAGCUCCCUACCUCUGACCUGGGCGGGGUUCCCUGGAAGGAGGCAGUGAGGAUUCAUGCCCUUCUGAAGGGAAGGAGUGAAGAGGAGCUGGAGGCCUCCAAGAACUACGAGCCGGAGGAAGAGGAGGAGGAGGAAGAGGAGGAGGAGGAAGAAUAUGACGAAGAGGAAGAGGAGGAGUCAAGUGAAGAAGGGGAGUAUUGCCCCUGGGACAGAGAACUCCUGCAAGGCCAGUGGCUCCAGCAUCUCUCAAAGGAAGAAGAAAUGGGUACACGUGAAGCCGGGAGCAGCAGGCUGCAGCAGAUCCUAACCGCAGCGGAUCCCUUGGCGAUCCAGGCCGAUGUGCACUGGACACACAUCCGUGAGAGGGAGGCGGAGGAGAGGAUGCUCCCAACCUCCGAGUCCUCCACUUCUAGAGUGACCGGCCUUCCCUCCGUACGCCGCGCAGCAGUCCAGGCCUGGCUGGAGACUGUCUCCGGAGCCCCUCUGGAUGAGAAUGACCUAGAAGAGGACGUGGACUCAGAGCCAGCGGAGACUGAAGGGGAAGCUGCAGAGGAUGGGGACCCUGGGGACACUGGUGCCGAGCUGGAUGAUCAGCACUGGUCUGAUGACAUUCCUUCCGACGCCGAGACGGAACUUCGCUUACAGUGCCAGGCCAAGGCGAAAGCUGAGCUGGAGCUGAGGGUGUCAGAGAACGAGGAAGAGAAGCCGCCUGAUACACCAAAGCAAGAAGAGAGAGGUCCUUCCCAAGUCUCCAGCCCCAGCCAGUCACCUCAGAAACAAGCCAUUCUGCUCACCCCAACCCACAGCCCUGAGGCAGAGGGGGCCCAGUCCCCACUUACCUCUGUCACCACCAAGGCCAAGUCCCCCGCGGAGCCCCUCUUCCCUGCACCUCUGCUCCCCAGAGAAAAGCCCAAAGCUGAAGCCCCCACAGAUCAGAAAACUGUGCACUCGCCCAUCCGAUCACAGCCUGUGGCCCUGCCGGAAGCCAGGACACCUACCUCACCUACCCGCUUACAGCCAGAGUCUCCGCUGGCCCCUGCCCCACCUCCCUCAACCCAGCUCCCCAUCUGUUCCCAGCCUCAACCUUCCUCAGAUGCUUCAAUCCCGUCCCCCUCCGAGUCCCCCAUACGCUUCCAGCCAGUUCCAGCCAAAACAUCCACCCCCUUGACCCCACUCCCUGUGAAAAGCCAAGGAGACCCCAAAGACAGACUCAGUGGCCCUCUGGCUGUGGAGGAGGCCCUGAAGCGGAGUGAUCUGGUAGAGGAGUUCUGGAUGAAGAGUGCCGAGAUCCGCCGCAGCCUGGGCCUCACUCCUGUGGACCGGAGCAAGGGGUCGGAGCCCAGCCUCCCCUCACCCGCCUUUAAGCCAAUAUCCCUAAAGUCCUACUCGGUUGACAAGUCCCCUCAGGAAGAGGGCCUCUGCCUUCUGAAACCUCCAUCUGUUCCUAAAAGGUUGGGCCUGCCAAAGUCAGCUGGUGACCAGCCCUCUCUGCUGACCCCAAAGUCGCCCUCUGAAAGGGAACUGAGGAGCAAUCAGGAGGAGCGAAGGGACCUCUCCAGCAGCUCGGGCCUGGGCCUCCAUGGCAGCUCUUCCAACAUGAAGACCUUGGGCAGCCAGAGCUUCAACACCUCGGACUCUACCAUGCUCACUCCGCCUUCUAGCCCACCCCCACCCCCACCUCCCAAUGAGGAGCCUGCAACCCUGCGAAGGAAGCCCCAUCACACUUUUGAGCGCAGGGAGGCCUCAGUUAUUCCUCCUCCUCCUCCUGCCACAUUCAUGCGGCCCCCACGGGAGCCAACCCAGCCCCCCAGAGAGGAGGUCCGUAAGUCCUUUGUGGAGAGUGUGGAUGAGAUCCCCUUUGCUGAUGAUGUGGAGGACACUUAUGAGGACAAGACUGAGGACUCGAGUCUGCAGGAGAAGUUCUUCACACCCCCCUCCUGCUGGUCCCGGUCAGAGAAGCCCCUGGCCAAGGAGAAUGGGCGGCUCCCUCCCCUAGACCGUGAUCGUGAUGUGCAACCGCAGAAAAGGGGACUGCCUCUGGUCUCUGCAGAAGCCAAGGAGCUGGCUGAGGAGCGCAUGCGAGCCCGGGAGAAGUCUGUGAAGAGCCAGGCACUUCGAGAUGCCAUGGCCAAGCAGCUGAGCAGGAUGCAGGCCAUGGAGCUGGCAGCCUCGAGGUCCCGCAUAAUUCCAUCUCAGGGCAAGGAACUAGGGCCCGAGUCCACCAAGCGCUCAGGCUUCCGAGGUUCCCAGGAACCCACUCUGAAGCAUGAGGCUACUAGUGAGGAGAUCCUCUCUCCUCCAUCAGACUCGGGAGGCCCUGAUGGCUCUGUCACCUCCUCUGAGGGUUCCAGUGGGAAGAGCAAGAAGAGGUCGUCCCUCUUCUCCCCCCGUAGGAACAAGAAAGAGAAGAAAUCCAAAGGGGAAGGCCGACUCCCAGAGAAACCCAGCCUGGGCCUCCCAGAGGAAGUGGCUGCUAAGCCCAAGUCCCUGUGGAAGUCGGUCUUCUCUGGAUACAAAAAGGACAAAAAGAGGAAGAGUGAUGAGAAGUCUUGCUCCAGUACCCCAUCCAGUGGUGCCACGGUGGACUCCGGCCAGCACAGGGCGUCUCCGAUUGUGAGAGCAGAGCUGCAGCUCCGGCGCCAACUGAGUUUCUCAGAGGACUCAGACCUGUCCAGCGAUGACAUCCUUGAGAGGUCUUCCCAGAAGUCCAAGCGAGAGUCGAUUUAUGUACCACACGCCUUGGCAUUCAGGAGAGCCUAUUCAUCAAAGCCCAGAACCUACACAGAAGAGGAGCUGAGCGCCAAGCUGACGCGACGCGUGCAGAGGGCAGCACGGAGACAGGCCAAGCAGGAGGAGCUGAAGCGGCUGCACCGAGCCCAGAUCAUCCAACGGCAGCUGGAGCAAGUGGAGGAGAAGCAGAGGCAGCUGGAGGAGAGGGGUGUCGCGGUGGAGAAGGCCCUGCGAGGAGAAGCAGACUAUUGGGGAGAGUCUUAUUACAGUGGCCUCAUCGACUUGCACCUGGGUGGCAUGGGCAAAAAGGAUGACCCCAAGCUGAUGCAGGAGUGGUUCAAGCUGGUGCAGGAGAAAAACGCCAUGGUGCGCUACGAGUCGGAGCUGAUGAUCUUUGCCCGGGAGCUGGAGCUGGAAGACCGCCAGAGCCGGCUGCAGCAGGAGCUCCGGGAGCGCAUGGCUGUGGAAGAUCACCUGAAGACCGAGGAGGAGCUGUCAGAGGAGAAGAAGAUCCUGAACGAGAUGUUGGAGGUGGUGGAGCAGAGAGACUCACUGGUGGCCCUGCUGGAAGAGCAGCGACUACGGGAGAAAGAGGAGGACAAGGACCUGGAGGCUGCUAUGCUGUGCAAGGGCUUCAGCCUGGACUGGUCCUGAGCCUGGCUACCGUUGGGUUUGGUUGAUUGGCACCCACCUGACCCGGCUGCGUUAUCCCAACCCACCAGAUCCAGGUUCAAAAGAGACCUGGCAUCCCUGGAAGGUUGCACACAGACACCUGUGCUGUGGGAAAACCCCAGGCGAGGGUUAUCAUCUGAGGUGACUCCACCUCCCAGGAAGGGCCUCGUGGGACUCCCCGUUCAGGAGGGAGGAGACGGGUGUUUGACACGUGCCACAGGGGGCACUCCUGCAGGUCCCCGAGGGCUUGCUGCCUGGCACCUCUUCCUUCCUUCUGCUGGUAAGAGAGGGAAGUGACUCCUCUUCAGAGCCACUGCCACCCAGAGCACCUGAAGAACCGAGUGGCUACUGUCCUAGCACCACCAAAGAAAGUGCAGAAGCAUCUGCAGAGAAGCUGUGGAUAGAGGGGAUCCAGCAGGGAGCAGCACCCAUGGGGGUGAUGAGGGUGAUGACCACCCUCCCAUUGCAGGGGAAGCCAGACAGUAGGCAGGUUCAUUAUGCAAGUUAGGAGGGCGCAGGAGGGCUCUGCCCCCGGCCCUGCCACACACUGGAUUCCCAGUGGCCAAGUGCCCCAGGCCUCCACAUGGGCAGUGGCCUGAGGCCCGUGGAUUGCUGUGUUUUGCUUUUAGUUCACAACGAUUUUGACACUGGAAAGUAUUGACUCUGGGAGAGCUGAGGGAGACCCUACAUGUCGACCUCCCCUCCCCUCAUCGAUAGACAGGCGCCACCCCUGGUCGGCACCCACAGCAGUACAGGAGAUGGCUCUCCUCAGCAUUUUUCUGUGUUUGCACAUCGAAACGAAACUGACAACCUGACCAGACACUCAGCCACUUCAGACCCUUUUUGUCAAUUAACUUAUUUUUUUAAUACUUGAAAGGAAGCAACUUCAUUUUUAUACCUUUACUAGAGACACUGAUUGCCUGUCACCUGCGUGUAGGACUUGCCUGGGAGGUCUUUGUGCAGCCCUGAUGCAAAACUGACCUGAUCUUGUUACAUGCAUUUAUUUAUUAGCCGUCUUGAUAGUGUUACUGACCUGGUUGGCACCAGGGAGCGGCUCAAAGCCCUGUGGGUCCUUACUCACAGCUUCUCUGUCCCCUCCUCCACCCAGCACCCUGUCCCUGCUGGCACUGGACUUCUACAGGGGAGCUGCCUCUCUGCGAGGACGCAUUUCAGCACUAGGAGGUCAGGCCUGGAGACAGACCGGCUGCUGUGGCCUCUGCUCUUGGAAUCAUGGCUCGGCAGAACCCACUUUGUCCAGUUUUGCUGCCAAGGUUUUUCUUCCUGUACAGAUGUUAAAGGUGGAGGGUAGCCCCUCUUCACGCUGGCUGAGACCAAGUGGAGUGUGACCUUGUCCUCAGGCCGGCUGAUGGCAAUGCCCUGGUCCAGCUGGAGUGGCGUGUGUGCGCUGGCCUCCCCUCAACACGCUGGACACUCUGAUCUUCCUUGCCUGUACUAGGAUUUUCUUGACCUGGCAAGAGCCAACAAGCACCAUGUAACCAGCUCCAUAAGCCAAACUGCUCAUUUCUUGUGGUUCACCCAGAGACCGGUGAUGGGGGCCAGGGUGCUUCUCUUUCCAAACAGCAGCCCAUGGACCAGUGCAUGGGUGCCACACCAAUCUGGAAAAGGGCAUGCCAGCUAGGCCUGGUGGGAGGAGCUUGGGAAGAAGAUAUGCCAUCCCUGGCCACCCUUCAAGGCUGCCAAGGGCCCACACUCACCCUGGACUUCCUGUGGGAACCACACUGUGCCUCAACUUGAACAUCCAUCUAACUCCAGAGGAGCAAACAGCAAUCUCACCCUUCUCCUCGUGCAAAAGCUGCCAUCUCUCCUGUGGAAAGACAGGUGUGCUGCUAGCAACCGCCACAGCUCUGACGUCAUCAGUUCCUGGUCUCUGACAUGGCAUUACUGCUAUUUUUAUUCUCUGUCUGAAACGAGGAGAGGAGGAUGUUCUGGAUUCCAUUUUCCAACCACAAUCUGCCAAUCGAACUGGACUCUGGACAGGACCUUUAUCGCCUGUGUGGCCUUCUUAACCCUGUCUGCCUCCCCAGUGCCACUGGCAAUCCCAGGAAGCUCAGCCCUGUCAUUUCUGCUAACCCACAAGAAAGAACCCAUUUCCUGAGUGACUCAAGAAGGACUCAGGGGCUCGCAGCGCCUCUUGUGGCCUCAUGGGUGUCCCCUCCCACCUCUGUCCUGGUCAGCCAAGACCCUGUUGAUCUUUCCAAAGCACACGCUGCUUCCUGCAGUCACUAGGAAGGGGGCAGAAAUCCACCAGCCUGGGAGACAUUCCCCAGCUCUCCAGUAGCAACAGCAUGAGAACUUGGGGUUCUCGUAGAGCACCUUCUUUUGGCCCCCAGUUUGUAACCACUAGUUUGCCGUCGAUUUCAGCAGUCCGGGGACUCGAGACAGGAAGUGUUCUCCACCUCUGGAAAUGCAUGCAGGUCUAGGCAGAUGUUCUUCCCAGGAAUUACGCCUUCACUUGAAGGCCGGAAAGAGAGGGUAUAUAUAGCCACACACUUCAUACAUGCAUAUGAUGCCAGAGUGCGUUUGAGUGAGCCCAAACUCAAGGCUCCCCAGUGAGAGCCAGGCCAGAACCCCAGGUUCUAACCCUGCUCAGUUGAUAAAGGGCCUUUCCCUCCAGCAGCCGUCCUACGAUAAUUUUGACCAGCAACUGUAGACUUUAAAAGAUAAGACAUUUUUCACUGGGACAGGAGAGGAAAGAGUGGGGGCGGGGCAACAAGUAUCAGGGCUGGGAAUGUAGCUCAGUGGUAGAAUGUGUGCUUAGCAUGCAGAAGGCCCACGGUUCAGUCCCCAGUAUCACAUUAAAAAAGAAACGACCCACAAGAGGGAACGGUCUGUUUUAUGCGCAAUAAAGUUUUUUUUUCUUUUUUUAAGAAAUAAAGACUAUUUCUGAAGCCA